UGGGUCCUUGUCUCUGUAACGCUCUUGCGCAUGUCAGACAACACGUGCAUAGGCAGUAGCGUUGUCUUCAUCUGUUAGCUUGUUAUUAUUUCGUGACAUACAUUUUCUUACGGUGCUUUUGAGUUACAGUCCAUCCAAAAAUGGGUGGUCUUCAGAAGAAAAAGUUUGAGAGGGGCUCUGCCACGAACUACAUCACCAGGAACAGAGCACGAAAGAAGCUGAUGCUAAGCCUCCCUGACUUCAGGCGGCUGUGCAUCCUCAAAGGAAUCUAUCCACAUGAACCAAAACACAAGAAGAAGGUCAACAAAGGCUCCACUGCCCCAAGGACCUUCUACCUUCUCAAAGACAUCCGCUUUCUACUACAUGAGCCCAUUGUAUCCAAGUUCAGAGAGUAUAAGAUCUUUGUACGCAAACUAAAGAGGGCUUAUGGAAAAACAGAGUGGUCUGCUGUUGAAAGACUGAAGGAGAACAAGCCGACAUAUAAAUUGGACCACAUCGUGAAGGAAAGGUAUCCCACCUUCAUUGAUGCUCUCCGUGACAUCGACGACGCCCUCUGCAUGUGUUUCUUGUUCUCUACAUUCGCCAGAACAGGAAAAUGUCAUGUGCAGACAAUCCAGCUGUGCAGGCGCCUCACUGUGGAGUGGAUGAACUAUGUGAUAGCAUCCCGUGCGCUCAGAAAGGUUUUCCUCUCUAUCAAGGGAAUUUAUUACCAGGCUGAGGUUAUGGGACAGCUCAUUACAUGGCUGGUGCCAUAUCAGUUCUCCCAUGAUCACCCAACAGAUGUGGACUACAGAGUCAUGGCAACCUUCACAGAGUUGUACACAACUCUCCUGGGCUUUGUCAACUUCAGACUCUACCAGUCUCUAAACUUGGUCUACCCUCCAAAGCUGGAUAGUAAAGCAGAACUGGAUCUCAAGGAAGAGAAUGAGGAUGACUACGCCAUGAAUUCAGAGAGUUACCUUGAGAAACUUUCAGCUCUCAGUUCCAGCCUUGCACGUGUUGUUUCCUCAGAGGAGGAGGAGGAGGCUAAAGUUGAUCAGUUUCCUGUUGAAGGGGAGGACAUGGAGACGAUGGAAGCCAAAGAAAAGGAAGAGAAGCUGCUGGAAGCCCAGAAAAAGAUCUUUGAGGGUCUCAAAUUCUUCAUCAACAGAGAAGUUCCCAGAGAGUCGCUGGCUUUUGUUAUCAGGUGUUUUGGUGGCGAGGUGUCCUGGGACAAAUCUGUUUGCAUCGGAAGCACAUUUGAUGUCACAGAUGAGACCAUCACUCAUCAGAUUGUUGACAGACCUAAUGUGGACAAACAGUACAUGAACAGGUACUACAUCCAGCCCCAGUGGGUGUAUGACUGUGUCAAUGCUAAAAUACUCCUUCCUGUGGAGGACUAUUUCCUUGGAGUCACUCUUCCACCUCAUCUGUCUCCGUUUGUGGAGGAGAAGGAAGGCGACUAUGUUCCUCCAGAGAAGCUCAAGAUAAUGGCCAUACAGCGAGGAGAGAAAACUGCACAAGACGAAGAAGAAGAAGAAGAAGAAGAAGAGGAGGAAGACGAGGAAGAGGAAGAUGAGAAUGAAGAAGAGGAGGAUGAUGAGGAAGAAUCUGAAGAGAAGGAGCUAAAAAAGAUGGAGGAGCAAAGAUCUCAGGGGAAGUCUCUCAAUGUUAAAGUGACGCCCGGAAAAGUGAAGGUGGAAAAUGCCGCUCGCUUGGAGCAGGAGGAGAAGGCGGAGGAGAAACGUCUAGCCAUCAUGAUGAUGAAGAAAAAGGAGAAGUACCUCUAUGAUAAGAUCAUGUUUGGAAAAAAGAGAAAAGUCAGAGAGGCGAACAAGCUUGCUGCCAAGAGGAAAGCCCAUGACGAUGCUGAGAAAAUGAAGAAGAAAAAAGCAAGAAAAUAAAUCCUGUAACAAUCUUAAUGUGGACCUGACUUUAUGUAUAAAACCUGAUGAGUUGGAGGUUCAGGUUGGCAUUUUAUGAAACUUGUAUCCAAACAGUAAAGCCUCUGUUUGGUGGCUUUGACAUUGUGUAUAAAUGUAUAUGGAUCAUGGAGGCUCCAUAUCCUGACUGUGGUGUUAUUGGUUUAAAGCUUUCAGCCUUUGUUGUUAACUGUAAGAUAUACACCUCUAUAAUGUAAAACUUUGUUUCCUUUAAAUCUCUGU